AUGGCUUCACCCGCUCACUGUUACUAUUGUUUCGAAUGCAUAUCGGCCUCAUUCAAAGGCGAGGAGGCUCCGAACCUGCAGGUAAUAGAAGCCUUGUGGGAAGAAUAUGAAGCCUAUAAAAGUCUUGUAUCAAGAUCAGCUCAAGACGAAGAGGAGUGGGAAGGCCUCGCCGGUAGACAGGAGGACCAAGUCAAGAAAGCCGAUGCACCCAGACGUGAUUGUGACGAGGUUUCUUUACACAGCAAACAGCCCGAGAAUUUAAGCGGGCCCGCUGAUUCAAGACUCCCAAGCAUAUCUCGACUUCGAGGUAUUCUGUCGCCUAGGUCUUCGAAUGCAUCCACACCUUCGACUCUGUCUUCUACAUCUUCAUCUCACUCCACCACUUCGUCUAUGACUUCGCAAAGUAUCGAUUCCCCUCCCUUAUCUUUGCAGCAAAAGAGCUAUGGCAGUAUAUGCCGCAAUGUCACUAAUCUUGAGUACCCUCUGUUUGUGACCUGGAAUGUCAUCGGUAGGGAUGGCCAUAAGCAGCUUCGUGGUUGUAUCGGGACCUUUGAACCACAGGACCUUUCUUCUGGUCUACAAUCUUAUUCUCUUUCUUCGGCGUUUGGAGACACACGUUUCUCGCCAAUACCCGCUUCGCUUCUGCCCUCCCUCUCAUGUUCUCUCACCCUCCUCUCUUCAUUUGAGGUUUGCUCCCAUGCAAUGGAUUGGGUUUUGGGCACGCAUGGCAUCCGCAUCUCUUUUACACAUAAUGGAAAACGAUAUGGGGCAACAUAUUUACCAGACGUUCCCGUUGAACAGUGUUGGACCAAGGAAGAGACUGUUGAGAGCCUUAUGCGGAAAGCGGGCUGGGAUGGUCGCCCGGUUCACGGAAGUGUUGCCCGGCGGUUUCCAAAAAGCGGACUAAACGAUACGCAACGCCCCCGAAAGCCUUGGGAAGAAGUGGAAGAUUUCAAAACCGUAAGAUAUCAAGGUCUCAAGGCAAAUGCUACUUAUUCCCAAUGGCAGGAAUGGAGAAAGUGGGUCUCGUUGUUGGGUGACCGUGAUGCCAUUCUAGAACGAGCCACCUGA